AGUACCUAUAGGGAAAGAAAACCAUGGUGGAGGGUCCAGCUUCCUGGCGUGUACAAGGUGGCAGAGAUCGAGGUCACCGCCUUCAAAGAAUCUAAUAUGAAGUGGAUCAAUGCACAAAUCCUCAUUGGAAACUCACCGGAGAACAAUGGCAACAACAAUCCCAGGUGUGCCAACGUCUCCAAAGACAAUUUAAUUCAAAGCUUCCAGUGCGGGGGAAUGGAGGGGCGUUUCAUCAACAUAUACCAGCCCUGCGGAGUAGACCUUUUGGAGUUGCUUGAGGUCAAAGUGUACGGAGAGUUGGUGACAGUGCCUCCUCCAGCCUCGAGCACCACCCUGGUGAUGGGGAGGAACGUCACCCUGGUGAUGGGGAGGCGGCUGUGCUGGUCCGACGCCCUGCUCUACUGCAGAGACUAUCACUCUGACCUGCUGAGCAUCAGGGGCCCAGGGGAGCAGGAGAUGGUCCAGCAGCUGGUGGCGCGUGCCUCCCUCCCACUGACCAGCCACCUUUGGGUCGGCCUGCACAGGACCUAUUUCAAAAGCUCCUGGUUUUGGAUGACCGGUGAUCGAAUGGGCUUCACCAAAUGGGAACAAGAAGACCCCCGCGCCCAACCAGAGCAUAGCUGUGGUGGAAUGGCCAGGAUGGACCCUUCCACAUGGAGCCGACGCUACUGUGAUGAGCACCUUAAUUUCAUCUGUGUUACAGGUGGAGAUGAAGUACAGGCCAAGGUGCACUUUUAUAGUUCCACAAGACCACAUAACCUUUGUGGUUAUUAGUGUUGUUUCUGAUUGCUAUAGCUAGCAGCUAGCUACCUGGCUCUAUCCUUAUUAGUA